AUGGAGCAGCGUGUGGCAGACUACUUUGUGGUGGCAGGCCUCACAGACCCUCACACCCCCCUGGAGGAGCCUCACCCCCGUCCCCCACCUCCCCUCCCCCCUAUCACAGACGUGUCUGUGGUCCUGGCGCCUCGUCAGGGAGAGGAGCUUCCACCUGGAUUCACUUGUGUGGAGAGCACGCCCAGCGGUCUGACUGCAGACCUCAACAGUGGAGGCCUCAUGGCUCCUCAGGUGUUUGUGUGCUACAGGCGAGGCCGAGACAAACCCCCGCUCACAGACCUGGGGUGA